AUGCUCCAAAUGAGGCUCAAUAUCAUCGGAUUGAAACGAUACCUUUGGCGAAUUGAAGUCGAAGACUCGCCCAGGUGCAGUUGCGACCUCGGACAGCAGCAGCCAAGGCACGUGCUGCUAGAAUGCCCGUUAUUUGAAGACGAGCGGAAAGACAUGCGAGAAGCGCUUGCCAAGGCAGGCGUGGACACGUCUCUCUCGUUCAACCAGCUCAUGCAGGAGCGAAGUGCAGUUCCAGCAAUCUCCGCCUUUAUGGAGAGAACUCGACUACUCGGGCAAUUCCACAACGUUGAUCAAGACGCCAUGGGACUCGAACAGCAAGAACAACCAGUAUAA